AUGGCGAACAGCAGCAGCAAGAAGCCGCGCUGUAGCCGUUGUCACCCUUCUGCAAAUUCCUCGCUUCUCGCCGCAGCAAUCCUCCUCCUCGCAAACCCUUUCACUCUCCUCUCCCAGGCACAAACAUCGUCUGUACCUCUCACCGUCUCAGGUCCCGCCUUUGCCAGGACCACCACACGUCUCUACGUCCUGGGGGGUCAAUACGCCACUAUCAAUUAUGGCCAAUUCUUCUCGCUCGACCUCGCCAACUCCUGGAACAGCACCACCCCCCUCUGGACGCAGCUCAAUGAUGGACCCCAGCAAACCAUUUUCCCCGCUGUUUUCUCCGCAGACCAAAAGACCAUGGUUACCUUCCAUUCGGGCAACUCAGCCUUUGCCUAUCAUUAUUCUGUUGUUACUGGUCAAUGGACUCGAGCGACAGUGCAGGCACAGUACGGAGACUAUCAGGGUAUCGGCGCGGUGACAGACCCUAACACUGGGUUGGUCUAUCUUGCGGGUGGGUACACAUCCGCCGACCGCAACUCGAUGAACGUUUAUAACUUUGUGACGGAUACGAUGUCAGCGAACGCAUUGCCUCCGUCCACCACAGUUUUUCCGAAUCGCGCGUAUUAUGCCAAUGUUUGGUCACAGAAGCGGAAGAGUAUCCUGUAUUUUGGCGGGUAUAAUUCUACAUUGGGUGCGAUUCCAAAUGGUAACACUGUAACAGAGUUUGUGCCCUCGACUUCAGCGUGGUCCACAUUGGUCACAUCAGGAAUCGCCCCAGCAAUGCGAGCAGACCUGUGCAUGACAUCGAAUGAUGAUGGCUCACUUAUGGUAAUCUAUGGAGGAAGGCUGUCCAACAACACAUUCAGUGGCGAAAUCUUUAUUUUUGACACUGUCAGCCAGACCUGGAGACAGGGCUUGACCGGCCCUCCUAGACUUUACACAGCCUGCACCAUUGCCGGUACCCAGCUCUUGGUCUGGGGAGGAGUGGACUCGACAAACACGGCCGCGCCUGCGGCGAUUUUGAUCUACGACCUGAACAACAACGCGUGGAUCACACAAUACACUCCUCCAGCAUCUUAUGUAGCUGCCAGGGCGUCCGAGACUACCUCGAGCUCACCAAAUGCGACAAGCACGAGCUCACCCUCGAACGAUGGAUCAUCUUCGAGCAAUGCGGGAGCGAUUGCAGGAGGAGUCGUUGCGGGUGUGGCGGUGCUCUGUGCGGGAGUGUUGUUCUUCAUCUUCCGACAACGACGACGACAACAGCAUCAGGCCAUCCCAUUGAACACGACGAGCGAUCAUGAGGAUGGCGCAGGGUCCAGGCGGUCCACACCACCACCACCAAUGAAUGCUCAUGAGGAUGAGCUUCAGCAGAUGCGAACACAGCUCCAGAACCAGCAGGAGCAAUUGGAGUUACAACGGAGGUUGCUGCUGUUACAGCAACAGCAACAGCAGCUACAGUUGCCGAUCCAGCCGCAGCAUCAGUAUCCGGAUGCGACAUAUAAUUACCAACCGCCGAUUUUCUAUUCAGCAGCUGGGGGACAAACAGCAAACCCAUUGAUUGCGACGACGAUAGGUUCUCCACCACUAGGGUGGGAUACAGCGCACACGUCACCGGAUUCGAUAAAGCUGGUUCCGACGAGUGGUGGGUUGGCGGGUACAGGGUAUGUGGAAGGAGGAAAUAGCUAUGUGGACGCGCAACAACAGCAUCUUGGGGUCAUGCCUGUGAUGUAUAAUCCACCACCGACGACCGCAGGACCCUCGGGGGCGGCGAUGGAGGCAAAAGGCAAGCACGAGAGUAAUUACUGGGAGGAACGUCCACCAGGCAACCCGCAUACUAUUAUUGAGACAUAG